CCAAAUUGUGAUCUCUUUUUUUCGAAGAUCAUAUCCGAAGUCUUCAAUAAUAAUCGCUAAAAAAACCUUGAUGUAUGUGUUGAAGAUUGGUAGAGAUUAGAGAUACAGAGGAAAACGAAAGGAUCUGUCAUUAUAAUGAAAGCAUAGGUGAAACCUACGAUUGAAAAUCAAGAAGAAAAAUAUUCAACGAGUCUGUAAUGAUUAGAGAGGUGUCACACGAGCGGCACCUCCUUCAAGUAUAUUUGUCUCUUGUCACCACAAAUGUCACAAGUGUCGUUUCUCGGUAAUGGUUAGUGACGUGAGUAAGUGCCGCAAGCAGCGUUUGCGACUUUGAUGAUUAGUUGUCGCUAUGUCAGCUAACAUUCUGUCACCUGCGCCUGCAGCUGUGGCUGCAACGGAGAGUGAGAUACGUUCACACGCUGCCACCGAAGCAGUCGAUGUGCGUUCACACUCCGCGACAAUCGACGACAGCAUCGACGAUUCACUGUCGUCAACGGGCACGACAGGUGGGUCGCAGCCGGAGAACAACAACGUGCUGAAGCAACCGGCGCUGUUGUUGAGUCAGUCGGCCGAGAUCUACUACAAACAGCUGUUGGCCGCAAAUGUCGCCGUGCUCGGUGGCAAGGGUUCUGCAGAAGACAGACGUGCCAACCUGCUCUAUGCUAAGAAUGCGUUUGAAGAGAAAGCGGCUCUGGUUUGGGGCGAAGGCGGAGCACAACACGGGGGCGCCACAGGGGGCUCGGCUGGGGUAAAGAGCGGGGGUCCAGGGGGACAGGGGGGCGGGGGCCAGGGCCAGGGCGGUGCAGGGCUGGUGCACUGGAUGUCGGUGAUGGCCGAGCACAUGAACACCGUGUCCGGUACGGCGCCUCACCACCACGACGCCGCUGCCGUACACUACAUGUGGAACGGGGCAGUCGAUCAAUGUGGUGCCCACGGAAAAGAUGUCGAAUACAGUUGGACGAGACAAUCGAUGGCCAAACAAGAAUACGAGUCAAAAAUGAACUCUGUAGACCAGCAAAACAGCCAAGGCCUUCACAAAGAAGAGGGGUCUGACAGAUGGUUUGGGCGCCACUUUUGGAAGGGGCCCUGGAAACCUAGCUACUCAACAGGAGGAGUCGACGACGGCCGGAUGGAAGGUGUAGUGCCGGGAGGGGGCGGCAUAGGGGCGGUGUACGGAGGCGGAAGGUCCCAUAGUUCGAGCUCGAGUUCGGCGUCGCCGCCCCACGGGCAAGCCAUGUUGGUGGUGCCGCACCCCCUCACCAACACCAAGGACCAGCACCAUGUGGUCACCCAGAACGGAUCCGGCAGGAAGUACCAGUGCAAGAUGUGUCCGUUGAUGCCGGGGGCUGGAUUCCACUUUAAAGAACCCAGAGAGAAGCAGCCCCCAAAAGAUCAAGGCCGUGGCAGGAAGAGUGGCCUCAACCGGACAAGGGAUGGUCUGGGAUGGACGGGAGUCGAUCAUGGAAACCCCGAGAUAUUCGGCUCCAAAUCGGAAUUGCAGAUGCAUUCUCAGCUGCACAUGCGCGAGGUGAAGCCAUACAAGUGCACGCAGUGCAGCAAGACAUUCGCCAACAGCUCGUACCUGAGCCAGCACACGCGCAUCCACCUGGGCAUCAAACCCUACCGCUGCGAGAUCUGCCAGCGCAAGUUCACACAGCUGUCACACCUGCAGCAGCACAUACGCACACACACCGGCGACAAGCCCUACAAGUGCCGGCAUCCCAACUGCAACAAGGCCUUCUCGCAGCUCAGCAACCUGCAGUCGCACUCGCGCUGCCACCAGACCGACAAGCCCUACAAGUGCAACUCCUGCUACAAGUGCUUCUCCGACGAGCCCUCCCUGCUCGAGCACAUCCCCAAGCACAAGGAGUCCAAGCACCUAAAGACGCACAUCUGCCAGUACUGCGGCAAGAGCUACACGCAGGAGACCUACCUGUCGAAGCACAUGCAGAAGCAUGCUGAGAGGACUGACAAGCGGCCGCCCAUCAUCGGCAUCCCACGCGUCACCCUCGACAACCCACACUAUUGGCCCAAGGUGUCCCCCGACACUGCCAACAACCUUGUCGACGCGUUCAGUCAGCACGAGGCUCUCCAACAACAAAACAACGGAGUGUUGGGAAAUAAUGAUCACCUGCACCGAGAUAUGAACGGUGGUGGUAAUGGAGGGGAUGAUCCACACUCCGGAAGGCCUCCCGCACCACCACCCACUCCGGGCGCAGUUUCCCCAGGAAACUAUCACGACUCGGUGAUCGGCAAGAACAAUACGUCCUCCGCCUCAGCAUUCACACCCAUCCAGUCGAUGGGCAUCCCCUCACAUCACCACAACCACCACCUCAACCACCACCAGAUCUCAGACCCGCGAUCCGCCUAUCUACCCUACAACGCCAUCGCCUUCCCCGGCACCAAGGUUGUGACCUCCGCCGGCCAGAUCCAGGGCCUCCCCGGCAGUGUGCAGACUUCGGUCGCCAUGGAAAUGCCCAAAACAGUCUCGGGCAACAGCUUCCCCAACUUGAUCUCGCUCAACCAGAUCAGGAACUAUGCUCACCAGCCGACUCCAUCGCUCAUGUCGACCGAGCACCUCAUCGAAGGCCUCAAGAACAAGAGCCAAUAAUGGCACGCCCCCCUCACGUACCCUGCCUAGGUCUCAGCUCAGCACUGGACUAAUUGAUAGUGUUUGAUGUGAUCUGUGUGUACGUGUCGGGAUAAAAGUUGCUUCUGCUUUACUCACAAUAACUUUACUGUCACCACCAAGUGAGUACUGUGCUUGUCGGUUGAAUAUUCGAACUGCGCAGGCGUUUUGUUUCGAAUAUAGUGACUCAAUUUGUUGAUUAUUUAAAGAUUUGUUUUUGUGCAGGUCGGUUGUACUUAUGUUUUGAACCAAUUUGUCAAUGGAAUACAAGUAUUUUCUUAUUAAAUAGUGUUUAUGUGAUUCGAUAAUGAAUUCUGGAAUGUUUUGUCUCUUAUUUAGAGAUAUUGUACGAGUUUGACUGUCUAGACUGUUCACAAGCUAAUAGUAGAAAGUUGUGUAUUUUCAGUUAUGUAUGCUGACUUGGUAAUGUGCGAUACAAGCUUGUGGACGAGAGUUGAAAAUCGGUUGUAUAGAUUGGUGUGCAAAGUGUACAAUGUUCUGUUCCUCUUUGUUACUUAAUAUUGUAAAUAAUAUUUGAAGAAUUUAGAUAAUCUCUGUAUGUACAGUUAUUUGUUUUUCAUGUAAGUCGAGAUAUUUUUGUUAUCGAAAUGUUUUCACUCGUUAAGUGGGUGAGAGAUGUUUGUCUUGAUAGGUAUACAAAAAUGUGAUUUUUAUAAUUAUUAUCAUCUGCGUAUUUCGAAUAGUUGCGGAUACCUUAUUAUAAUCGAUUGAAUGCCCAAUUUUGGAAGAAUGUAUACUAUGAGAUAUGGUGUUCAUUUACUAGUUUCUUGUUAUUUAAUUAUUGGUUCGUUAAAACAAUUUUGGAGUAUUGGAACGUUUUUUUAGGGUGAUAAUAUUAUUGUUCAUAGAUCAAAGCUCAUUUAAUUAUUCAAUUGUGAAUUGAUGCAAACCAAUUAUAAGUCUAAAUGCGUUUUCCAACCAGUAAAUAAAACAGUUGAAAACUAUCGUAAAUGUGAUCUACAAUUUUAAAAUGUUUAGAGUUGAACAAUAAGGAAGCUAAGAACGUCAUGCAAUUUGUUUCAGUGAUGAUAAACUUGUAUUUUUCUCAAAAGAUCUUAAAUAUCUACCAAAACUUAUAAAUGUGAGAGAACAAUGCCAGAAAACUGUGAUGCACAUUCCCAGCAUAAUAUAACCAACAUAAAACUAUUUUACCAAUUCAAAUAAUAACUCGAACAAAGUGAUCUGCCUAUUAAUCUACUCAUAAAUCUGAUAGCUCUUCAAUUUUUUUGAAUAAAUUGGAUUUACUGUUCAAAAAUGCACAUUGCACAAGCUGUAAUGCUUUUUCAAGUUCAUUUUGUGUUCUUUAUUUAUAUGAAUCAUUAAAGAUGAGUAUAAAAACAUAUAGCUUUCCAAGGAUAGAAUGGGUGUUACUGGUUUUGAAGAGUUUUUCAUUAAGAUUAGAAGAACAAAAAUUUGAAUUCAGUGAAUUAGUAUGCACUCCAUGCAAACUCUGUUAUAUAAUUUGAAUGUAAAAUUCAUGGUUUGAAAUACUUUAUUCAAAUGGACUUGUUUUAAUAUUUUUGAGAAAAUAGAUUUCAUUCUCAGUUCUAUGAACAAAUCUUACACUUUUCAAGAUCUUCUUCUAUAAAUACAUGAAUUAAUGUUGAUGCAUCUGUGAGAAUCGUUCAUUUUGUUUAGUGAAUGAAUACUUCAAAUACUUUUUAGUACAUUGUAAUGUUUCUAUUUGAUCUGAAAUCUCUAGUGCUAUAUUCAAUAAGAGCGUAUUAAUUUGAACUCUGGAAUCUACAGCUCAGAAUUUGAAUAAAAAACCGGAAUUGAAAUUUAUUAUUUCGCGAUAUCUUGCUCUGCAAAAAUAAAAUGACUUGUGUCACAAAUUAAUAUAAAAAAUCAAACUUACUUCAGACUUACAAUUACAUGAAAGUUGCAAUGAAGAAGUAUUAAAACCGAGAAUGAUAAUUCAUUGUGAGGCAACUCAAUAAAUUUUUGAUGAUCCAGAUAUCAGUUCCUGCACAUUUCUACUGAAUUGCUAGUAGGGGAAUUGCAGAUUCCAUUCAUAUAGAAACAUUGCUUGACUCAAUAGAAGAAUUAAAUCUUAAAAUACUAACUUUAGUGAUAAAAAACAUUUUUUAAAACUAGGUGUAUACAUUUUUAUCACAAUAAUUACAUUUAUAAUGUAUUUCAAUUUUAUUUGUGACCGAUGAACUUUAUGAACUGUAGCCUAUACAGUUUCACUUUCACAUUGUAAUAUUGUCUGUAUUUUUUACUUGAGAUAUUGUUCUCAGAACUUGUCUUUCCAAAAAAAAGUUUUUCAUUUGUUGAUGCAGAUAAAGUCCUAAUUUUUAUAAUUUGAAAUCACAAAUCCGAAUUUACAAUUAUAAAUCCAUUAAAAUCUUUUUUUUUGAAGAAUAUUAUUAUUGGAAGUACCUUGUACAGUAUAAAUGACAUUGUUCAACAUUGUUACAUGCAUCGGAAUACAUUCGAACUCAUUAUCCAAGUUGAAUUUCUGUAUUUGAUAUGAUGUAAUUAAUGUCGAAUUGCAGAUGAUAGUUCAGUUUCUGCAUCUUUUGUCAGUAAUCAUGUGUAGAUUUUGUGCAUUGAGAAAUAAAUGUUACUUGUUUCUUGAAAAGUACCGGUGUAAUAAAUAGGUACAAUUAAUUAUAUUAUAAUUAUACAUCACAUUAGAUUACAUUAUACCGGUGUAUAAUGUAAUCAAUAUGACAUUUACAUAAUAGAACCUUAUUUUUAUUAUAUAGUGAGUAUCAAAAAUAAAUUAUACCUAUAUUUAUUUCUCUCAUCUGAUAAAAUAAGUGAGCAUCACAGAUUUACUGAAUCUCCAAAUAUUUCACUUCACGUUCCAAAUCAGAUUAUACUGUCAGAAAUUCCAGUUUUAUAUCCGAUCAAUGGAAAUUAUUAAAAUAAUCACCAGCUCAUUUGUCCAAAUUAAGACUGAAUAAUUUUCACUUUGAAUUAUUAUGAGGAUAAUAAUAAGCAUAAUAAUUAUUAUGAGGAUAUUGUAUGAAACAUCUAACAUGAUAUUUGGCACUUUCUUGUUGGAUAAUAAUAAUUGUUAGAACUUAAUCAGAUAAUAACUUUUUCUAUUCAAGCUUUAUCAAUAAAUUACUAUUGUUGAAUUUUAAUGUGGCACAAAAACAUGACACAUCUCUUGAAAUUUAACUAUUGUGAUCUCAACCUAAGCUAGUUUGGAGUUGUUCUUGAAUUCCAUCACCUUAUAGAUUUAUUCUCUAUGGAAGAUUUCUACUAUUUUCAUGAAAUAAUGUAUCCUACGUAUUGUUCUCAUUCAAACUUUCAAUGUUAUGUUAAAUUUUCUCAUGAUGUUUAUUCACUGUAUUUGAGAGAUAAAUUGUAAACUUGAACGUUUUUAAAUACCUAUUGUUAUUAUCUAAAUAUUUUCCAAGAAUGUAUUGCUUUGUUGGCUAUUCUUCAACAUUUCAUUAUUUUAUCCACCGAACAAAUUUUCAAUUUAGUUGAUAUUUUUGCUGAAUAAUUGAUUUUUGAUUUGUAUUUUUCAUAUUUGAAAUUCGAAAGAGUGCCAAAGAAGCAAUAUAAAAUUUGUUUGAAUGUUUCAAAAUAUUGUAGAUACUUAAAUUCCUAUUAUUGCAUAAAAUAAAGAAGUUUUUUCAAGUAAAUAACAGUAUUUUUGCGUUCAAUAAGCUGUCAACUCUGAACCAUAUUAUUACAAUAAUACUACCUUUGUCGUUCUUAAUGUGAUCUAUAUCCAUCAAACAGUAAAUGCAUUCGCCAUUUCGACAAUGAUAUGUUAUUAGAAAAUUCCACUAAAUUUUCCAUUAAACUACUAAGUGCAUUCUAA